GGAGGGCGAAUUCCGCAGCUUUGGUCUUGACUUGGCCUCCGCUCUGCGCUCCUGAGACUCCUAGACCCGCCUCUCCGCGGACGCCGCGGAUCGUGAUACCCUUGCGAGAGCUUUCUGUGCUUUGUCCCCAGGCGUCUCGGGGUCCCGAGUGUGCGGGUCUAGCCUGCAGCCGGGGUCCCCCGCCCGCUUCUGCGCUUGCAUCCUCAGGAGAGGCGCGCCAGCCCCGCGCGGGGAUGGAGCAGACCGAGCUGCUGAAGCCGCGGACCCUGGCCGACCUCAUCCGCAUCCUGCACCAGCUCUUCGCCCGCGACGAGGUCAAUGUUGAGGAAGUGCAGGCGGUAUUGGAAGCCUACGAGAGCGACCCGGCCGAGUGGGCUUUGUAUGCCAAGUUCGACCAGUACAGGUAUACUCGAAAUCUUGUGGAUCAAGGAAAUGGGAAAUUCAAUCUGAUGAUUCUUUGCUGGGGUGAAGGACACGGCAGCAGUAUUCAUGACCACACGGACUCCCACUGCUUUCUGAAGAUGCUGCAAGGAAAUCUAAAGGAGACGUUGUUUGCCUGGCCUGACAAAAAAUCCAAUGAGAUGAUCAAGAAGUCCGAAAGAACCUUGAGGGAAAACCAGUGUGCCUACAUUAAUGAUUCCAUUGGAUUACAUCGAGUAGAGAAUAUCAGCCACACAGAGCCUGCCGUGAGCCUUCACUUGUACAGUCCACCUUUUGACACGUGCCAUGCCUUUGAUCAAAGAACAGGCCAUAAAAACAAAGUCACCAUGACAUUCCACAGCAAAUAUGGAAUCAGGACUCCAUUUCCGACUUCAGGUUCACUGGAGAACAACUAAUGAGAACCAAACACUGCAGGAUUUUGUGUCCCGAUCUUCUGAAUGUUUGCCCUGAACAGGAAGGCUGCCCACUCCUUGCUGUUCAGUAACGUACACUUACAUAAGCCCAUACUUAGUUCUGCUGCAAGGCAGAUGCUAAGUUAGCAAACAGUGCCCCGAGCUAUGCAGAAGAAAACACCCACUAAAGGAAAAAAGAUCUUGUGAUUUUAAUGGUUAAAUCACCCUCACUCCUGCUUCUUCUGUCCUCUAAUUCAUUAGAAAACUCAACUUGGGGCUUCAAUGGGGCCUUUUAAAAGCUUUUGGAGAUACCCUGGUCUCUGAACUGUAAUUAUCAAUAAGCAAAACCAAGAUAUCAAGAACUAUCAAAUGCCUGUUUUGAUACCGAGAAGACUAAAUACAGAAGUCUUUAAUGUACUUUGUAUGUUCUUAAUAUUUGAAGAAAAGUUUUUAAUCCGAAUUAUAUUUUUUCUACCCUAUUUUACAAAUUCCUAUGCUAUGGAGAAUAGGGAAACUUAAGGCAGUUGGUCAGUUGGUGAUGAAGGGCAGAGGGCUUAGAAAUAUGCAUGUGGCCAAACUUCCUACAGACCAAAACAGAAACUCAUGUGUGAUGUGUUCCCUUUGUUCUGCAAUCAAAAUUGCCAAACAACUUUAAUAAAAACUGGAUUUGAGAAGAA